AUGGCGAGCCAGCCGGCUGCCGACACGGCCGUUGGAGAAUCUUCAAGGAUGUGGUCUGUGGUUGGGCCGCUGCCGCCAGGGGAAUGCCGGGCUUUCACCCUGCAUCCGGUGGAGGCGGGUCAGGGCAGGACUUGGCUCCAGCUUCCACAGCUGCUGGGACGGCCUGACUCGCCUCAUUGGAUGAUGUCGCCUCAUCCGGGGAUUCAGGUCCGGACAGAGUGUCCACGGCGCUCUGUGAAGAGAACCACCAGCUGCUCCUAUUCAAACACGGGUGCCUGGAGGAGUCCGUUUGGCAGCGUCCGGCCCUCUGACGGCUUCUUCUCUGACACAUGUGAACAUAAGAGGGCCGGCGAGCAGAUGGCUCCCCGCCUCCGUUUUGAACACUGCGCUUUAAUCGAGCGCCGUGAAUCGCCUCUUGGAGCCACAGGUUUGGUGUUUGAGGAGGAGAGGCCGCCCCCGCCGAACAGAGCCCCUCUGGCCCCCAUGCUGGAGUUCGUCUCGGCCCAGACGGGGGUUCCCGUGGUGGCCGUGGGGGGAGGGGCCAGCCUGGGAAGAGAGCAACAGGAGAGCGGAUCCAUCUACCUCCAGUUCACCUGCUCCACGUCGCUCCAGCUCGAGGUCAUCUUCGAGGUGCUCGAGGAGUACGACUGGACCUCCUUCUCCGUGGUGACCACCCGUCACCAUGGCUACGAGGACUUCCUGGCCAUGGUGGAGGGCAUGACGGACGGCUCCUUCAUCGGCUGGGAGAAGAAGAGCGUGGUGAUUCUCAACGUGACGGACGACCCCGGCGGCGCACGGACCAAACGGCUGCUCAAAGACAACGAAGCCCAGGUGCGUCUGCUGUACUGCUCCCUGGAGGAGGCCGAGCUGAUUUUCAAAGCAGCCUGGGCGUCGGGUCAGGCCGGGCCCAGUCACAUGUGGUUCGCCGUGGGACCGGCCCUGUCCGGCCUGGGCCUGGAGGGACUGCCAAAGGCCCUGUUCGCCAUCAGGCCGCAGGGCUGGAGGGACGAGCCGCGCAGGCGCAUUGCCAAAGGCGUCUCCGUGCUCACCCACGGGGCGAUGGCUCUUCGGAGGGACCAGGGGGCCACCAGCCGGUCACAGUACGCCGGCAACUGCCAGAGCGACGGCAACCAGACCCACCGAGUGCCAGACAGAAUCAGGUACUUCACCAACAUAUCCAUCGGCGGGCGUGACUAUUCCUUCAACAGUGACGGCUACCUGUCCAAACCGCUGCUCGAUGUCAUCUCCUACACCAACGGGAGGGGCUGGGAGGAGGUUGGCUGGUGGGAAAACGGCCACCUGCGCCUGCGGUACCAUCCCUGGUCUCGAUACGGCUCCUUCCUGAAGCCUCUGGAUGACGCCCAGCACCUACGAGUGGUGACUUUGGAGGAGAGGCCGUUUGUCAUCGUGGAGCCGGCUGACCCGGGCACCAGCUCCUGCAUCCGGGAUUCCGUACCCUGCCGAAUGCCCGUCAACUCCAGUCUGGUGGUGGAGGGCACCGGGCCCAUGAAGCAUUGCUGCAAAGGUUUCUGCAUCGACGUCCUCAAGAGACUGGCCAAAAUUGUGGGUUUCACCUACGACCUUUAUCUUGUGACCAACGGGAGGCACGGGAAGAACAUCGAUGGGGAGUGGAACGGCAUGGUCGGAGAGGUGGUGUCCAACAGGGCUGACAUGGCCAUCGGUUCUCUCACCAUAAACGAAGAGAGGUCCGAGGUGGUAGAGUUCUCCGUUCCGUUCGUGGAGACGGGUAUUAGCGUCAUGGUUUCUCGGAGCAACGGCACCGUGUCGCCUUCUGCUUUUCUUGAGCCCUACAGCCCGGCCGUGUGGGUGAUGAUGUUUGUGAUGUGCCUGUCGGUGGUGGCUGUCACCGUCUUCAUCUUUGAGUUCUUCAGCCCCGUUGGAUACAACCGCAGCCUGCAGAGCGCCAAAAAGUCAGGUGGUUCAAAGUUCACAAUCGGGAAGUCUGUGUGGCUGUUGUGGGCGCUGGUCUUCAAUAACUCCGUGCCUGUGGAGAAUCCCAGAGGAACCACCAGCAAGAUCAUGGUGCUGGUGUGGGCCUUCUUCGCUGUCAUCUUCCUGGCCUCCUACACUGCCAACCUGGCUGCCUUCAUGAUCCAGGAAGAGUACAUCGACACAGUGUCAGGGCUGUCCGACAAGAAGUUCCAGCAUCCGACGGAGCAAUACCCUCCUCUGCGAUUCGGCACGGUGCCAAACGGAAGCACCGAGGAGAACAUCCGCUCCAACUAUCCAAACAUGCACCAGUACAUGAUCCGCAACAACCAGAAGGGCGUGGAGGAGGCCAUCGACAACCUCAAGACUGGGAAACUGGAUGCCUUCAUUUAUGACGCCGCGGUGCUGAACUACAUGGCCAGAAAGGACGAGGGCUGCAAGGUAAGAAAUGUCAUUUUCUCAGCUCUGCACUCUGACACGCUCAGACACAGUGAAGUCCUCCGCACCCUGCAGCAGCUGCGUCCUGCAAAAACUACCAGAUCUCCAGCACGUCUAGACUCCUCCUGUGUGAAGAAAACUAGCAUGCCAAAUAAGCACUUCUACAUCUGCAUUAAAUAAAUCAAACACAUGGCAUGCCUUUGGAUUUGUCCCUCGAGGCCGGUAGCUUGUUAAUAUUGUCAUUUUUGGACGGCACUGGUGUUGAUUUAUUUAUAAGUUUGCAAUUGUUACAGCUCCCACAGCUAGAAUGAAAAUCCAACCCAGUGAUCAUUUGUAAUAAGGUCUGUGGGAGACCUGAGCUCCCGGCAGCUUUGCACAACAGCCUCUACUGCAGUAAUUAUUACAGCUGAUGUGGAUCUAUAUUAAUUCCUCCGCUGAAACAAUAUCCCACUCUCAGCUCUGGGACUUCUGGGGGUGUUGAUAUGAGAGCAGAGCCAACUGUUUGGCAUCCAUGCGACAGUGACAGUAAACAUUACGGCACAAAUUAAGCUAAUUUCCAUUUGCUUAGCGCCAUCUGCCUCUUUGCAUCCCACUCUGUCUGGGGAUCUGCGUGUGUGUGUGUGUGUGUCUUUGAAUGUAUAGGUGUUUUACAUGUUUGUUUUAUAUUCUACAAGGUGAUGACUAUCGGCUCUGGGAAGGUGUUUGCCACCACAGGCUACGGCAUCGCGUUGCACAAGAACUCCCGCUGGAAACGUCCCCUGGACCUGGCUCUGCUCCAGCUGGUCGGAGACGGUAAGACGGACGGGUGGAGGGUGACGUUACCUCUAACAAGAGAAGCAAGUUCCUGAAAGUUUGUGGGCCUUUUUGUUCAGCAACAGGUGGUGAAGGAGGAUGGAGGAGGAUGGAGGAGAAUUUGUUAGGAUAGAGGAGAAUUUGUGAGGAUGGAGGAGAAUGGGUGACGAUGAAGG